CGUACACACAGAGUCAGAGCUGAAGUGAAUGCAGAGAGAGAGAGGAGGGGAAAGCAGAGCUCAAGCGAAAGAAGGUUAGCCAGCAGCGAGUUAAGAAAAUGGCGAUCAUGCAGGACGAAUGCCUCCCCUCGUAGAUGCUGCAAACGCGUUGAAAUUCUUUUAGCCUUACAGCCGGCUUUCCUUUCCACUCUGUUGCACUUUAUACUUCAAUGAGAGAUUCGGAAUUGAAAGCUGUUGCCACCAAAGAAGCUGAAGCAUCGUAACAGGGAACAUACCCAUAGAGGGAAGAACAGUGGAUGGAAGAGAGAGAAAGACGGAGAGUGUGACGAGGACGGAGGAUAAGAAGAUACAGGGCUGGUCAAAAGUGCCAGAGCAUACCAAGUCAAGGCAGAGUCCUAAAUCUAAACCACAUCCCCCCCUUCCCCUCUCCCCACACAUACACACACAGACACACUCACAUACAGUCCUCAGCAAUGCCAAGGGGGCCUGAUCAGCCUGCUGCCCGCUCUGACAAGCCCUGCCUCUUCACGUCACACCCUUGAGGCUGUGCCCUCUGAGCUUUGACCUUUGACCUCCCCUUUGUCGACCUGGGAACCAGAGGUCACCUGUUCUCCACUCAGCCAGGGGACGCCCUCCUGCCCAGCCAGGAGCCGCAAGUCGCACUCACAGGCAUGGCUCCCAUUCGGGAUUCCGUCAGCCACUCCCCUAAUCAAACAGGUCUGGAGCAUCCUGGCUUGGACUUGCAGUAUGAGCCUUCCCCCUGGUCCUCUGGCUCUCCCUGCAGCAGUGACAGCAACAGCAACUGGGGCAAAGUCCUAGUGGACGGAAGCACCGACAAACCCAACAACCCCUCUUCAACCAACUCUUCCGUCUGGCCUCCCUCCUCUUCUUCAUUCUCUUGCUCCUCGUCUUCUUCCUCCUCUGGCUGCGGGUCAGGAUCAGACCCUGAGCUGGCAUCAGAAUGCAUGGACGCAGACUCUAGCUCCUCGAUCGGCUCAGAGAAAAACCUCGCCGCUGUGACAACAGUGAUGAUGAUGUCAGCAAAUGCUUCUCCCUCUGUGUCUUCUACAGCAUCUUCUCCCUCCUCCUCUAUGGUGACUUCUGCCAUGAUGGUCAGCGUUUCAGUGAAUGGAGACAGCAACGGCAACGCUCGUCAGGUAAUUGGCGGAGGGAUGGGAACCAUCAGCGGUGCAAAUAAUGGAAAUAAUAACGUCACCGGGUCCUCCCACUACUCCGUGGCUGGGUCCAGCAGUAUUGGCAGCAAUAACAUGGGUAACCACAACAACAAGCCCGUCAAUAAUAGUGGUGUAUGGGGCAGCAACAUGGGCACCACUGGUGGAAGCACCCCCUGCAUUAAUGGAGGGUUAAACCCAAACACUUUAAACCCAAAUGCCAACCACGGUGCCUGGCCGCAGAGUUCAACCCCAAGCCCAGUGCCCCAGGGCCAACGGCCUACACAGGCUGCGGGGAUGGGUUCCAAACUGGGUAUAGCCCCCCAACAGGCCCCCAUGCUGGGCUGGGGUGGCAUGGCAGCUCCAAACAACAGCAGUAUGAUGGAAGACACUGAGGUGAAUAAUGGUACAGCAAGCAGCAAGGUGUUAGGAAGCAGCAACAGUGGAAAUGGUGGCCUACAGCCUACCAACCUUAACACUGAAUCCAAUGGACCAAAUAACACUAUUAUGAUGAAUACUACUACUACUACUACUAACGCCACAAUGACCUCUAGUCCACCAAACUCUACCGCCUCACCCCCACUCAGCGGGGAUUGUUCCUGGGGCUCUAUUGGAGGAGGGAAUGGGGGUCCGCUGGCCAAUGGAAACCCCUCAUCAGCUCCCCAGCACCCCCAAGGAGAGCUGGGGGGUCCUGGGGCCUUCGGUACGCCUUGGGGCGCAACUACCUACCCUGGAGACAAGGGCCCCCCAAAUGCAGACACUGUGAACCCCCAAAACCCUGCCUUAAUGCAGGCUGGGAACCCCCAAAUCUCCUCUACUGCUGCUUACAAGAGUAAUAAUAACCACAAUAACACUGGGGCCCCACGCUGGGACCAGGGGCCCGCCAAUAACCCAAACCAGCCUCAGGGCAACUUGUCCUGGGGUAUCGGCUCAAAUCAACUCCCAGGCUCUGCAGGCCAAACACCAGGCAAUGGGAACCAAACUACGAUGGGCCCUCCAGCAGGGAUACCUCGCCCCUGGGGUAGCAGCGCGUCGUCUUCUUCCUCGUCCUCAUCGUCCUCUUCCACAUCUAACAACAAGAUGUCAAAUGGAGAAUGGGGGUCAACAGCUCCUGGUAACAACCAUUCAGAUGCUGGAAGUCAUAAAGGAAGCUCUGCCAACAAUGGCUGGAAGAGCCUGGAGGAUGACGCCAUGGGCAUGGGAGGCGGAGGGGGAGGAGGUGGAAGCCAUGGCUUGGGGAGUGUCACUGGUGGUUGGGGUCGCUCUGGAGGAAGUGAGGGAAGCGGAGAGAGCUCCGGAGGCCGAUCCAGCUCAGACAGAGACAGCCAGUCAAAAGGGGGGAAUCGCAGAAAAGUUAACCAUCCUGUACCCCUAGCUGUGUGCCGGACGGAUGUGGACCCGAGGGUUCUGUCCAACACUGGAUGGGGACAGACGCCCGUACGGCAGAACACCUCCUGGGAUGUCAACUCUCCAGUUAACAAACAGCUCCAAGGUCCCAGAGACGAAAGAAAGCAUAGCAGCGGAGGCUCCGGAUGGGGCGCACCAACACCGGCAGCUCCUUCCCAGACCUCUGGAGGUUGGGGGGGUGGGCCGAGCAGCUCAGGCCCAGGGACAGGAGGUUCUGGCUGGGGGGAGCGGCCAGCCUCUGGGUGGGACAGCAAAGGCCCAGCGAGUGGAGGAGGCGGGCAGAGUGGCUGGGACGAUGGAUCCAGCUACAAGGGGAGCAACAACAGCAGCAACACCUGGAGCAAUAACAUUAACAAAGAUGACAGGUCCAAUACAUGGACUAAUGCUCCCAAGCCGCAGCAGGGCUGGGGUUCCAAUAGUGGAAAUGGAAGUGAAGGUUGGGGUAAUGGAGAUGGUGCCAGAGCAGGUGGCAGCAACCAUUGGGGGGAGCCCCAAAAAGGUGCCAGCUCAGUGGGCUGGGACAGCGACAGCGACCGGUCAGGCUCUGGAUGUUGGAGCGAGCCAAGCCGAACCAACACCAGCAGCAGCAACACUUGGGUGGGGAGCGGAGGAUCAAAUACUCCAGACCAGAGCACUCCGAACCCAGGCUCCAACUGGGGCGACUCGGUCCACAAACCCAACCCUCAGAGUAACAGCCAGGGCUGGGGUGAGCCAAUGAAGAACAACCACGGAGCCCAGAACUGGGGUGAGCCAAAUCCCAAACCCUCCAACGAGUGGGGAAAAGGUCCUGAAUCCAACAUGUCCAGAGGCAAUCAAGCUCCUAACAAGCCAACAGGCUGGCUGGGAGGCCCCAUGCCCACAGUAGGUCAGAAGGAGGAAGUGGCAACUGGGUGGGAAGAGCCUUCUCCAGAGUCCAUUCGCCGAAGGAUGGAGAUCGAUGAUGGGACAGGAGCUUGGGGAGACCCUGGUAAAUACAGCGGUGGAUCUGUCAACAUGUGGAACAGGACUGGCCAAUCCGACCAGGAGGCUGUGGGUCCAUCCUCUCAGCACCAGUCCCACUCAGCUCGCAGCUCGAUGCAUCCUCCUCAGCCCAUUCAGCCUAUGGCACAGGACAAAAGCUGCAGUUCUGGUUGGGGUGACCCUUACCCUCAGAAGAAAGAGUCCUCCACGUGGGAGCCUCCCGCCACUCCACCUGUGAAAGUGGACAAUGGAACGUCUGCCUGGGGGAAACCCAUGGACACCAGCUCCAGCUGGGAUGAGCCCAGCAGAGAUAACAGAGAGUCUGGGUCUGGAUGGGGCAAGCCUGCUCCAGGUCCCAAGCCCAUGGAGACAUGGGGUGGUGAGGAGGCGUCCAUGGGCAAUAGCUGGGACCAGGAAGAGGAGGUGGAGAUCGGCAUGUGGAACAACAGCCAACAGGACAGCAGAUCCCACGACCAAAACACCUGGAACUACAAGCAUAAAGGCUCCAACAAGAUGAACAAACCAGUCAACAAACAGGAUGAACCCUGGAUGAAACCCUUCAUCAACCAGUUCAACAGCAUGAACUUCUCUAGAGACUCUCCUGACGACUCCAUGAAGACAGGAGCAGGGAUGGUGCAGGACAAGCGCAUGGACAUGGGCAGCAUGGGAGACUUCAAUGGAGUGAUGGGGAAGAACCCUGGGUCUCGUCACCAGCUCCACAAGGAGUCUGCCAUGGAUCGCAGCCCUUACUAUGACAAGAAUGUAAACCCUAUGAUGGGUGGCAGCAGCGUAGCACAGGGCCGAGGUGGCCUCCAGUCCCAGGCCCCACCCCAACCCAACCCCCGUAACCAAGUGCCUCCACCCAUCCUGCCCUCUCAGGUCCCUCCAUCCCUGUUGAAGUACCCAGGAGGUAACGGAGGUCUGAACCCUCUGUUCGGCCCUCAGCAGGUGGCUGUGCUCAACCAACUGUCCCAGCUUAACCAGCUGUCGCAGCUCAACCAGAUCAACCAGUUACAGCGUCUUCUCUUCCAGCAGCAGCAGCAGCAACAGCAGAAAGCUCAGAGCCAGAGAGCCAUGCCUGUGGGACGACCGACUGAACAGACACGUCCUAUUGGUUCGUCUCCAUCAAUGAUGCAGCCGCCGCGGCACCUGGACCCCUCCCUGCUGAAACAGGCCCCACCCCACAAACCAUACCUGGAUAACUACUUGUCCCACAAUAACCCAGAGAUGCAGAAGGAUGCUGCUGCUCUCGGAUCCUUCAGCAACUUCCCUUUAAGCUUGAACUCUAACCUGAAUGUAUCCCUGGACAUGGGUGUCGGUGGAGGUAGUGGUGGUGGAGCUGUGAGCUACAAAGAGCCGCCCCAGUCCAGACUGAAGAAACUUUGGGCUACUGACCCUCUGGAGCAGAACAGCAAACCUGGUGCUAUGUCGUCUGGGCUGCGUCUGGAGGACUCUCCCUUCUAUGACUUCCUGUCUCCUGGCCCAUCUCCCCUGAGUCCUCCCGGCCAAUCAAUGGGCUCGGUGGGCGAUGGCUGGCCGCCCCGUGCCAACUCCCCCCCGCCCCAUGGAAACACUGUCACCUGGCCCCCAGAGUUCCGGCCCGGGGAGCCUUGGAAAGGUUACCCCAACAUUGACCCUGAGACUGACCCUUAUGUGACCCCCGGCAGUGUCAUCAACACCCUCUCCAUCAACACCGUCCGCGACACAGACCACCUCAGGGACAGGAACAACGGGCCAUCCUCAUCACUGAACACCACGAUGCCUUCUAACAGUGCCUGGUCAUCCAUUCGUGCCUCCAGCCACAGCGGUUCCCUCACCAGUACAGCACAAAGCACUUCAGCCAGACCCAGCGAGUCAAAGUGGUCUCCCGGCGGCGUUUCUGUGUCCACCCCCUCCCUGGCCCAUGAGCUGUGGAAGGUCCCCCUGCCUCCCAAGGCGCUGUCUGUGGCCGCCCCCUCCAGACCACCACCCGGCCUCACCAGCCAGAAGCCCAGCUCUGCCUCCUCCGGCUGGGACGGCUCUGCCCUGAGGCUGGGGGGUUGGGGCUCCACUGAGUCCAGAUACACACCUGGUUCCAGUUGGGGUGACAGCAGCAGCUCAGGGAGAACCCAAUGGCUUGUUCUAAAAAAUCUCACACCUCAGAUUGACGGCUCUACCCUGAGGACCUUGUGCAUGCAGCACGGCCCUCUGAUCACAUUCCACCUCAACCUGCCGCAUGGUAACGCUGUGGUAUGCUACAGCUCCAAGGAUGAGGCCGCGAAGGCCCAGAAGAGCCUGCACAUGUGUGUUUUGGGGAACACUACUAUUCUGGCUGAGUUUGCCAGCGAGGAGGAAAUCAACCGUUUCUUUGCACAAGGGCAGUCAUUGGCCACUCCCUCCUCCGGCUGGCAGGCCAUCGGCUCCUCUCAGAGCAGAAUGGAUCAGUCUCACCCCUUCCCCAGCCGCGCUCCUGAACCCAACCAGUGGAACAGCAGCGAUCUCCACGGCUCCUCCCUCUGGGGCGGGCCCAACUAUUCCAGUAGCCUGUGGGGGAGCCCCAGCGGCACCGAGGCAGGGAGGAUCAGCAGCCCUUCUCCAAUCAGCUCCUUCCUCCCGGUGGAUCACCUGACAGGCGGCGGGGACUCCAUGUGAGCCGCCUGCCAAUCAAACAGGCUGGAGGAAGGGUCAGUAGAGAAUUAUCAAUAAUCAGCAGAAGAAAAUGGAAAAAAAAAAAAAAGUAGUUAUAAACGCAAUGGCACUAGUUGGACUCUUUCUCACUUACAAGAUAUACAACAAAACGGGGUCUCCCCUGUGGAAAACAAGUUACGUUUCUCUCUCUGCACAUAUGUCCACUUUGUUUUAGCCCAAAAACAUAUCAGUCGGAAUACUUGAAUCAUGCAGGCCAAUUCUAUAAUGUGAACGGAUGGAUAUUUGCUUCCAGGUAGUGCUCUUUCAGACCGAAAAAAGCUUCAAUCGAGCUCAUUAUUAUUAUAUAUAUAUUUUUGUUUCAUUCGUCAUGUUUAUUUGAAUUCCAAUUCUUUUCAUUUUUAACGUUUUCUUUUUCUUUUUUUUGCAUUUGUUUGCUGACAAUGUUGGAGUAUGAGCUUUUUUAACUUUGCACUGAAUGUGGUUUUUUCUCAGUAUAUAUAAUCUGCAAUAUAGAGGGAGCAGCCAGUUUUUCCAGUGUAGCUGUUUACUCAUUGAGGUCCUUACCGUGUGAGUGUGUGUUUGUGUGUAUGCGUGUGCACGCGCACGUAUGUAUGGAAGUACUUUGUGUGUGUGUGACUGCGUGUGUGAAUGAGUAUGUGUGCGCUCCUCUCUGCCUUGGCACGCCUACCUUACUGCGUUGUCGUGGAGUUCAAGAUCAACAGAUAGUUAAAGAAGAAUAAAAGCUGACUUAGGAGGAUUAUCUGGUGAUAGUAAAAGUGACAUUAAAAAGUAUUGCACCAAUUUUGUUUUAAAACUAAAGAACGUUGAGCUCUGCAGUGCAAAGGACUGUAGCCGCAGCUGGGACUAGCAAGCCCCGUCCACCCUAAUGUAGGGGGCGGGGCCUAUCUAGCAAGCCCUCCCACGUGCCCCCUAGUGGGCAGAGGGGGGAACAGCACUUUCAGAAUAGGCUUUCAAUGUUUUGGAGGUGCCACACUGCAACCUCUUGUUUACAAGACUUAGGAGGCGGAACGUGUGUUCAUUCUUCAUUUUAAAGAGAUGGAAUAAAAUAAAAUAAAAAAUACUCAAAAAAAAUUAAAAAACAAUAUAAAAAACUUGAAAAAAUGUAUAAAACAAAUAAAAAGUGAAAAAAAAAAAAAUUAAAACUCUUAUUGAGGAUGAAGACGAUGCUUUGUAACUCUGGGAAUUCGGAUCAGUGUUUUUGGCCAUGGCGUUGGUUAUUUGAACUAUUCCUCUUUGUCUGCUAAAUAACCAGCAAUGGUUCUCAGGAAAUCAAGCCAGUUUUCCCCCCCUUGUAGGUGAAUUAAAAAAAAACUACUACUCCUUGUAGGAAAGGAAAAUCCAACUUCUAGCACUGAAAACUAUGUAUAGGUCUGUAAGUUUUAUUUUCUCUGCCAAAUAACUGCUUUAAGCUGGAGAAGCUCAACACACUGCUUUCAAUAUGCUGUCUUUUGAGGGACGGGGGGGUCCUAAUGUGGGGGGGUGGAGGACGGGCUGUAGAAAUCCCAAUGCUCCCUCUCUCCUCCUCUUCCUCCUCUCCUCCACUCCACUGAUGUAAAAAAAAAUCAAAAGUGGGGAGUGUUUAUUGUGUGAGUGUGUGACUGUCAGUGGAAAAUGUUCUGUCUUGUCAGACUUAUAAACCAAGAGAAAGGCGAAUCUGUAUCUAUGCAUACUGUAGCCUCUCACAUGGCCUACCGAGAGGCGUUUUUUUUUUUUUUUUCUUCCCGUGUCUCACAAAAUGUUUUAAAUGUUUCAUUGAGUACAACAAAAUAUUACUUGCUUUUUUUUUUUUUU